AUAAAGUAUAAUAUUGUAUAUUAAAUCAAUUAUGGACAUGAGAUUGAACCCUUCGAGAGAGGACAUGAUCAGAUUUAAACAAGAAGUUGAAGAUCAUAACCAACCGAGUUCUUUGUCCUUGUCGAGGCAACGAUGGAACAAUCCGAGGAUCGUACGAGUCUCGAGAACAUUCGGAGGCAAAGACCGACACAGUAAAGUGUUUACAGUUCGUGGUAUCCGAGACAGGAGGAUAAGGUUGUCGGUGAUGACAGCAAUUCAGGUUUACGACCUUCAAGAACGACUAGGGCUGAGUCAGCCUAGCAAAGUCAUUGAUUGGCUAUUAGAAGCUGCCAAAAACGACGUCGAUUUGCUUCCUCCUUUGCAAUUCCCACCUGGGUUUCAUCAAGUAAUUAGCCCUAAUCUCAAUGGCUUAGGAGAAUCUUUUCCUAGGGUCUUCGAAAGUUUCGAUCUUGGAGGCUGCUCCAACAGAGAAAACUUGGAUCUGGAGAAGAUGAAAUGGGUUAAAUUCGAUCAAGACCGUAAUCUUGAUCAUGGGUUCGACAUCGAUCAUCAUGAUCACAAUGUCUCGAAUUCAAUCCAAAGCAACAAGUUUUAUAUCCCUACAAGUACUACUACUUCGUCUAGCAGCUCUUAUCACUACAACCUUGGGCAUCUCCAACAGUCUCUAUUGGACCAAUCUGGUAAUGUUACUGUCGCCUUUUCCAAUAAUAGUAAUCUCAAUCCGCCGGCUGUGGAAACAGUGAGUUCUCUAUUUCCAAGGUACCCUUCGUUUAUCGGUGGUGGUCAACUUCAACUCUUUAGCGAAAACUCGAACUCGUCCAACCAAACGGAUCGUGUGGAGUAAUUUCAGCCCUUAUAGUCUUUAGACUCUUAUAUAAGCUGAUGAUUUGUAGUCAUGGAUGGCAUU